CCUCGAGUCACAAACCCAACGCCAUAUCUCGACGGACUUGUUCGAAUGAAGUUGUUAAAGGGAUCGUAGGCCCGCGGUACGAUAAACGCAUUGUGUUGCGUAUAAAAGUCUGCAGCUGUCCAUUUCACACACGUCAAAUGCCCCAUCGUCGAAUUGUGGAUUUCCGGAUACGUAUCCAUUAUCAUCCACAAUAUAAUGACAGCAACUGCGACCAAGGACGAAGUGAGCUUGCCGCGGCGGCGCCCGAUAUCGUUAGCCCAGUGCUUCGGAAAACUCUUUGCAUUGAUCGUGAUCGUCCCCCUCAAGCGACUCCUGGGAUACAAGCCACCAGUGUUGGGAUGGACGAUUCAGCAAGAGAUCGCGGUCGCAUUCUUGAAGUAUUCGACGUUCACGGACCAUGCGUCGGCUCGGAGGAAUGAACGGACGUUGAUCUACCUGGCCAACCUGCAGCUCCGGACACCACUCGUCCCCAUGCAAGCUGCGGGGUUCAACGGUGUGUGGUACGGACGACCGACGACCGACUUUGAUGCCACCGUCCUCUACCUCCAUGGAACGUUAUCUCCCAUGCGACACACGCAGUGUACAUUUUCAUGACGACAUACGUAGGCGGAGGAUACGCACUGUGCACGGCGGAGACGUAUGCAUUGGCCGUCCAUGCGAUUCAAGUCCACGCGAGUACUGCCAGCGGCAAGCGAGUUGGAGUGCUUGCCCUGGAAUACUCGCUCGCCCCGGAUGCCAAGUUCCCCACGCAGCUUGAUGAAGCGUUGGCUGCGUAUUCAUAUUUAGCCCAAGGCAGCAACAAGCCCAUCCUGCUGUUGGGGGAUUCCGCGGGUGGUCACUUGCUGCUGCAAGUUCUGUUGGCGUUGAAGGCUCGAGGUUUGGUAUUCGUUUGGCCACCGUAUCUCACAUUGGUUUUAGAGUGGUCGCAUCUACGCAAACCAGUAGCGUCCGUGGCCGUGUCGCCGUGGUGCAUGCCGAACUUGUGUCCACCUCCGGCCACAUACAUCACCAACAGCUCGACGGACUUUGUGAGUUUGGCCAACAUCCAGCAUUACAUCGACGACUGGCAGCCAGAACACGUCGACAUCGACCCUUCGUUGGGCCCGUUGACCGGGGACUUUGAAAAGUGUGGGCCAUUGCUAGUACACUAUGGCGGCAAAGAAGUGUUUGCGAAUGAAAUCGACCAACUCGUUGGCCGGUUGAAGCGCCAAAACGUCGAUGUGACGGUGAUCAAGGAGCCGCUGGCGCCCCACAUCUCACCCAUGCUACCUUCUUUUUUUGGGAGCAUGGCUACCGACGGGAUCCGUGCGAUUGGAACAUACAUUGCCAUGCAUGUAGGCCGUGCUUAACAGCGUCAUACAGUUGCAGUAACGACCUCAAUAAUCGACCUGUACGUUGGUUUACGUUACUGUAAGUGCACCACCG